GCUGCGGCCGCAACUUAAGAAGAUCGAGGUAAUUUGCCUUCGCUCCGUCAAGCUGACCAUGGACGUCAGGAAGCGACACCUGGCCCCCGUGGCGCUGGUGUUGGCGUGGGCUGGAGGCCUUGCCUUCACCGGCCUCGCCUCAUCGGCGCACAGCGUGGUUCAGGGCCUCGGCAGGUCGACCAAAGCGGCCCGGCAUGCCGUGAUGGACCCGCCCACCAGGAUGCGCCCACCAGAUGUAGACGUGGAUGUGCGAUCCAAGGCCUCCGAGUGGGCGGAAUGCAAUGUCCAAUUCGCCGACCGCUCCGCGGAUGCAGAGGAGGUCUGGGUUUUCAGGCGAAAGGAUUUCGAGGAGUUCCAGCGACUCAUCGGCCUGCGCCUGAGCUACCGGAAGCCCGGCCACGCCCAGGACGGCCCUGCCCAGUAUGGAGAGGCAAGGCGUGAAGAGGCAAUGGCUGGCACGAAGGUGCUCUGCCGCGAGAGGACCAUCGACGCGUCGCUGCUUUGCUCGCAGUGCAUCAAGGUCUUUACAGGCGGCGCCUACAAAGAUGCGGGGAUCGCGGUGCCUGCGCACCCCGAAGCACCUGAAGUGAUGCAGUGCCUCGCGCACUCCGUCGGCGAGGUGGAGACUGGCGCCAACGCCACAGCCCCCUCACCCCAGGCCGCAAUGCAAGGCGCGCCGCUGAAGCAGACGGCCUUCUGUAACUAUG